AUGGACGUUAACAUCCCACUCUUCGUAUUCGAGGGGCGGUCAUUGCGUAGUCCCCAACCCGAAACAGUCACGGUCCCGUCGGAUGCUCACUUCCUCAAACUCCUUGUCGCUGUCUCCAAGGUAGUAGGUCAACCUGACACGUCUCGUUGUCUGAUAUUCAAACCAAAGGACGCCAUUUUCGCCACUUAUGGACCCUAUCUGCAAUCGCUUUUCGUGGUCCAUGACUACGAUCCAUACUCGUUUUGCGACUACAUCACGAAGCACAUGUGUCACAACGACUCCGUCGAGGGAGGAAUUGGUAUCAAACCCUCACAACCAUUUGACACGACACGGGCUCUUGUUGUCAAGAUCGUGCCACCUUUCGAUUUCAAGAAGCUGCGUCAUGAAGAAGACGAAGACGGGAGCAUCCUCAACGAUAUGAUGAAGAGACUUAGACGGCUCAAAGCCAAAGACCCCGGCACGCCAUCUGAGAACUGCCGUCUUUCCCAAUUUCUCGAAAUUCAACGCGGUGCAGACGCUAUCAUCGACGGCCGUCGCACGAGCGUCGCCGUCAACCCCCUUCCACCACCACUUGACAUUUUCCACCCCGUCUUUGCCGCCUUCAGGCGUCUGUGUCAAGAUCGCAGUCUCUCCGUGCCUGAAGACUUCGUCCGCACGACCGCAGAGCUCAUGUACGUUGGGGCUCGCAUCUUCCCCGACGUAUGGGAACUCGAAGAAGCAGUCCGUCCGCUUCUCUCCGCUCUCCUCGGGUUCCCUCUCCAGCGACCGUCCAACAAGUCCAUCACGCGAAGUAAUCCGGGCUACUUCAUUCCCUCCACUGUUCCUCCUCCGUUCUCCGGCACUGCAGCGCUGGCUACGAUUGAGCUGGAUGAAGAAUUCGGGACCGCCGCUCUUCGCUCAACGUUUGCUUACAUCGCGCAUUGGUGUGACAUCGAUCAAAGGGCGAACGAUCCUCAACAGCUGCUUUGCGCCCUCCUUCGUGAUCGGCGUCGACGGUCCGCACAUCUCCAUCUCGGGCGCCAUGAUUUGGCCAUGAUCACGGGAAAGCCCGUCGUGCAGCGCUUGAAAGACAUACGGCUAUCGCAGGACCACCACUUGGACGGAGACGUGCUCCUGGAGAACGCGCGCGUGCUCUAUUCCCUCAAGGUCGCGCUCGAACGCCUGCACACGUUCUAUACCCACCUUCCGCUCCCGGAGGACAUGUCUCGCUUCUUCCCUCUCGCCACGCAGUACAUCACAGGCGACGACCGCGUCGUGACGUUCACAUACGUCGACGUGCUCAAGGACCCCGGAGAGGGUUCUACAGUGUUCCUCGCGCGCCUCGACGAGCCGGGGCCGCGCACCGUCGUUGUCAAGUUCGUCGAGCGGUACGGGACCCGGGCGCACGAGUUGCUCGCGGAGGCGCGCCUCGCGCCUGCCCUGCUCUACCACGGCCCCGUCUGGCCUGGAGAGGACGAGCUGCAGUGCCGCGGCCACGAGAUGGUCGUCAUGGAAUAUGUCGAGGGCAUCCCCGCGUUCGAGCCGGAGCAGCAGAGGGCCGCCGCGCCCGAGGUGGGGCGCGCGCUGAGGGUCCUACACGAUAACGGGAUGGUGCAUGGAGAUCUGCGCCCGACUAACAUCUUGCUCCUGCUUGGCUGGUGGCAGGGUGUCGAAGGCAGGGUGAUUAUCAUCGACUUCGACUGGGCGGGUCGGGAGGGCGAGGUGCGGUAUCCGUGCCAGUUGUCGAAGCACGUGUUUCCGGUGGAUGGGAUAGAUGAUUAUGCUCCGAUUGUUCACGCGCAUGACAAGGGGAUGUUGAGUCUACUUUACGAAGGCGUUCAGGAGCCUUAG